AUGAAGAACGUAUACACAACAUUGGGCUUUGCCCUCGGCGCCUCUGCUGCCCUCAUCCCUCGCGACCAAUGCUGCUUCUCUUUGACUGCUGCUGGUGGUAAGACUGGUACCGUUGGCCAGCUCGGUGACGGUCAGAACAGAAUUGGCCAGACUGGAGGCCUCGACAAGCAGCAAGGUACUUACUGCCUCAACAACGGUGGUCUGACCGAUGGAAAUGGCCGUGGCUGUAUCCUUACUCCUCCCACCACCCAGUUCCAGUGCGAUGUUGGUGCAUCACCUACCACUGGCUUCACAGUCAACUCGAACGGUGACUUGACCUACAACGGCAACACUCAGUUCUACGCUUGUGCUACUGGCGACAACGGUGGCUACAACAUCUACACCACCACCACUGGUGACCAGACUGGAUGUGUUCAGGUCACUCUUAACACUGGCGGCAAGUGCAACGGCAAUGGCGGUUCUGGCAGCUCUUCUGCUCCUGCUUCUUCGGCUCCUCCUGCUUCGCAGCCCGUAUCUAGCGCACCUCCCGCUUCCAAGCCUGCCUCUUCCGCACCUCCUGCUUCCUCUGCACCUCCUGCUUCUUCAGCACCUCCCGCCAGCUCUGCACCUCCUGCUACCCAGCCCGCAACUGGACCCGCAAGCCAGGGCACUCCCUGCGCUACCCAACUUUUUGAUGGUUGCAACCCUGCCAGAAGCAGCUGCCCUAACGGCCCCGGCACUUUCAUCACCGUCACUCCCUCGACCUACCCUACCAGCUACGUCGUGAACGGACAGACUGUCUCUUUCACCGCUCAGCCUUCUUCUUGCCUCGCAAGUUCUACCGGUGGUGGUUCUCAACCUCCCGCUUCGCAACCCCCUGCCUCUCAGCCUCCUGCUGGACCCCAGACUCAGACCGUCUACUCGACUUACUACCAGACCAUCACCAGCUGUGGAGCUGAUGUGACUAACUGUCCCGCUGGAAGCGUCGUCGUCAAGUCUAGCUCUGUCCCCGUCGCUCCCUCCGCUACUGCUCCUGCCUCGCAACCCGCCAAGUCUUCUGCUGCUUCUCAGCCUCCUGCUUCGCAGCCCGCAAGCUCUCAGCCCGCCGGUUCUCAACCCGCUGGCUCCAAACCCGCAUCCUCUGCUCCCGCUCCUAGCGGCACCUCUGGUGGCAACGGGAACGGCAAGGCUUGCCAGACUACCCUCGGUGGUGGUGCUUACCAGACUCCUCACGCCAUCAUCCCCGUCAACAAGGACCAGCCCAGCACUUCUUACGGAACUCAGUACAACGCCUAUCUGAGCACUAGCAACAGCACCAUCUUCAACUUUGAUAUUCCUCAGAGCUACUCUGGCAAGCAGUGCAGCGUUGUCUUCCUCUUCCCCAAGAAGUCUGACCUCGAGACCUCUGACUUCACAAUGACCGGUUCCGGUGGCAUCAAGUUCGACCAGCUCACCUCUGCUGCUCCCUUGAGCGUUACCUACGCCACCUGCCCCGCCGUCAAGAGCACUCUCGGCUCUGUCGACAAUGUCACCCCUGGAAACAGCUAUCUCGUCUCAACUGGCUCUUGCCAGGCUGGCAGCACCGUUUCCAUCGAAGCCAGCGUCACCGGCUCGCUCGGCCUCACCUAUUUCCAGGACUGGAACCCCUCUCCUAUCGGUGUCUUCAUCACCUCUUGCUAA